AACAGUCCGUACCGAAUGGCCUCCGCCAUUCUAUGCAGUGGUACGGUGGUCCGCUGGUACUUGCCGAUCCGGUCUGAAGAGCCUCCCGGACGCGGCUGUGUGGAUAUUCUCACUUUCUUCCCCUGGGUCAAAUUCUGCUCCUUCUAUCUCCUUGUGUUCCGUUAGCGAUCGCCGAGACCACCGCAUCAAACCUUUAGACGCCCGCUAAAAUCCAUGGCAACCCAAGAACACCACCACGACCACCACCAUGGCGAUCACCACCAUCACCAUACCCACGAAGGAGGGCACGACGGGUCCGCGACGUCGUGGGUCGGCCCGGACGGGAGGGUGUAUCACUCGCACGACGGGCUGGCCCCCCACUCUCACGAGCCCAUCUACUCCCCGGGCUUCUUCAGCAAACGGGCGCCUCCCCUCGUCACCAGAGACUUCCAGGAGCGCGCCUUCACCAUCGGCAUCGGCGGCCCUGUCGGGACUGGGAAAACAGCUUUGAUGCUGGCACUUUGCCAAUUCUUACGUGACAAGUACAGCCUGGCUGCGGUAACAAAUGAUAUAUUCACAAAAGAGGAUGGAGAAUUCUUGGUUAAGCAUGGAGCACUUCCUGUGGAAAGGAUCCGUGCUGUUGAAACAGGAGGCUGCCCACAUGCUGCUAUCCGUGAAGAUAUUAGUAUAAAUCUUGGCCCUCUUGAAGAGCUAUCUAAGUCUUACAAAGCAGACUUACUUCUGUGUGAAUCAGGAGGAGAUAAUUUAGCCGCUAACUUCAGCAGAGAGUUAGCAGACUAUAUAAUUUAUAUAAUUGAUGUUUCUGGUGGUGACAAAAUACCUAGAAAAGGAGGCCCAGGAAUAACACAAGCAGACCUUCUGGUAAUAAACAAGACAGAUCUUGCACCUGCUGUUGGAGCUGACUUGGCUGUUAUGGAACGAGAUGCAUUGCGAAUGAGGGAUGGAGGGCCCUUCAUCUUUGCUCAGGUGAAGCAUGGAAUCGGUGUAGAGGAAAUUGUGAAUCAUAUCUUGCAAGCAUGGGAAGUAGCAACAGGUAAUAAGCGUCAUUGACUUGAAGCUGUAUCUGUUCCUGAAUCAGGUGUUAUAACUUGGAGCAUACAGCUAUUGCGUUCAAUGUUGGUUAGCUGCUUGUCAUGCUCUGUGAAGUGUCAUUGGGAUACCAGUUUUGGUACUAAAAAUAAUGUUGUAAUAAGAGUGGUAAAUUUGCUUACAGUUAGUAAAUUGACUGCAAACUUGGUGCCCAUUUGUUCACAUUCAUGAUGACAAUCUGCACCGUCGUGUAAUCAUAGUCAUCCAGUGGUACUGCUGCAGAUGAUCAGACCGUUACA